AUGACUAGUUUGAGUGAUUUCGUUGUUGUGUCUCCUAUUCUCGAUGCCUUGUUAAGCAUAUUGGGUUGGCUUUUUGAUACUGCUAGUAACAGGUCGCUGGUAAUUCCAAAGAAGACAAAGAUGCGGCUCACAGAGCUUCAGCUGGUCAUUGAAGAAAUCUUAACCUUUGUUCUGAUCGCAGAACGGGAAAUUAACAGGAGAAUUAAUUCCAGUUUAUGGCUAGAAGAAGUUAAAAGAACAGCGUACGAUGCAAACGACUUGUUGGAUCUUUUUUCCACUAACAAAGUCAGCACUAGCAGCUACUCCUUGAUGCUUCACUUUGCUCAAAAUCUCCAUAACAUGUCCAAGAUUCGUCAUAUGUCACUGAAAUUCAAGAAACUCUUGAAGAAGCAGAAGGACAAGGUGGGGAAUUACGAUAGCAAACAUACGGAUAUGAUUAUGAUCAUCAGAGACCACUUCCAAUGCCGUUCUUCUCCUAACCUUCAGGCGGUUGAUGAACUCAUGUUGCUCUUACAAUCAAACAAGGUUUUCGGAAGGGAAGAUGACAAGAAGAGGAUGUUGGUUUUGUUGACCGAAGACAAUAAGCAAAUUCAGCUUUCCGUCAUUCCCAUCUUGGGUGUGGAUGGAAUUGGAAAGACCACUCUGGCUCGCUUGCUAUACAACGAUGAGAAAGUAUUGAAGCAUUUCGAUCUAAAGGCUUGGGUGUCUUGUGAUGCCCAAAAUUUUGAUAAAGUAAAGAUUGCAAAAGGGAUCAUAGAAUCUGUGACAGGGUUUCCUCUCCAGCCAGAAAAGAGGGGUGACCUAAAUGAUCUCGUCAGAAAUGCCUUAGAGUCGAAAAGAUCUUUAAUUGUACUAGAUGACAUCCAAAUUAUAUACAGAGAGGAUAUUGACAUACUGAAUUUUUUUUUCGGUUUAGCUGCUUUGGGAUCUAAAGUUAUGUUGACAACACCCAGCCUUGAAGUUGCAAGUGUUAUAGGCACUGAUGAGUGCUAUGAACUGAGUGAACUAUCUUAUAACGAUAGUUGGUCUAUGUUCAGCUAUCUAGCAUUUGAUUCUUCGGAUGCUAUACACAAUUCACAACUCAGAGUUGCUGCAACAAUUGUGGACCGCUGCAGAGGCAUCCCUCUUCUGCUAAAUCUUCUCGGAAGCCUUAUGAGAUUCAAAAAAGAGAAAAAAGAUUGGAUUGCCUUCAAAACUUUCCUCAAGGAAAGUUCAAUUAUGAUCUCUUCUUUUGGUCGUCUCAUGCGCCAAAAGGCAUCAGUAAGCCAUGACAUCAGUAAUCAUCUUGUUCUGCAUAUUGUUCAAUUUUCACCAGGGACUGCGCUGUAA